AUGUCUGGACGCGGAAAAGGUGGUAAGGGCUUAGGUAAAGGAGGCGCCAAACGCCAUAGGAAGGUCCUUCGAGAUAACAUUCAGGGCAUUACUAAACCCGCCAUUAGACGUCUUGCUCGCCGUGGUGGUGUUAAGCGCAUUUCUGGCCUGAUCUACGAGGAGACACGUGGGGUUCUCAAGGUUUUCCUGGAGAACGUGAUCCGUGAUGCAGUCACCUACACCGAGCACGCCAAGCGCAAGACUGUUACCGCCAUGGAUGUUGUCUACGCGCUCAAACGCCAGGGCCGUACCCUCUACGGCUUUGGUGGCUAA